AUGUGCUCGCAGUAUGAGUGGGAGAUGAGGCAACGCUGGCAGAAGGACAGCCUGCGGACAAGGAGGGAGAAGGGGCUCACCAGAAGGACCCAGUGUGCCAGCACCAGGCUCCCCAUUGUCACUAUGGCUGGAACAGACAGGAUGCUGGAGUGCCGGAAGGGCCCUGGGGAGCCGAACCUCCAUGGGCCCAUGUACUAUUUCCUCUGCAUGCUGGCCGUCAUCGACCUGGUCCUGUCCACGUCCAUCCUGCCCAAAAUGCUGAGCAUCUUCUGGUUCAAUACCAGGGAGAUAGAUUUUGGUGCCUGCCUCUUCCAGAUGUACUUUGCUCACUGCUUUUUAGUUAUGGAGUCUGGGAUCUUUGUGGCCAUGGCUUUGGAUCGCUAUGUGGCCAUCUGCAAACCCCUGAGACAUUCCGCCAUCCUGACAAACCCAGUUGUGGCCAAGAUCGGCCUGGCUGUGAUGCUGCGCGGCUGCAUGGUCAUACUGCCCCUCGUCCUCCUGGCGAGGCAGUGGCCAUAUUGCAGAACCAACAUCAUCCCCCAUGCGUACUGCGAGCACAUAGCCGUGGUGAAGCUGGCCUGUGCCGACAUACGCAUCAGUAGUUACUAUGGACUCUUUGUGCUAUUCUGUGUGAUGGGUCUGGAUGUGAUUUUUAUUGUCGUGUCCUAUAUCCAGAUCCUCCGGGCCAUCUUCAACCUCUCCACAAAGGACGCCCGGCUCAAGACUUUUGGGACCUGCAGCUCCCACCUCUGUGUCAUUUUAGCCUUUUACAUCCCAGCUCUCUUCUCCUCCCUCAUGUACCGGUUUGGCCACACGGUGCCCCUGCCUUUCCAUAUUCUCAUUGCCAAUGUGUACCUCCUGCUGCCCCCCAUGCUAAACCCCAUAAUUUAUGGGGUGAGGACCAAACAGAUCCGGGACAGGCUGCUCGAGCUCUUUACUUAUAAAUGGAGCUAA